GCAGAGGACUAGGAAGAAGAGGACCAGGAAGCGCAAGACACAGGGAACAACGGCGACCCAGCUGUUGUCUGGUCCAUCAUGUUGUCCUUCACUAGAGUUCCUCGUGUUUCUUCACACGUUUUUCUCCUCGUGAACCCGCAGCUCCACGUGGCGACGGCGCAGAGCUCGAGGAGCCUCUGUCCCCAGCUCAGGAGCGUGUCUCACCUCCCGGGGCUUCGUUCGUUCACUACGCACACGCUGCCGGGCCGCGCUGUCACCUGUCACCCGCCGAACAGAUGUCUGACCUCAGGUUUUCUGUGUCAGUGGUUUGAGAGCAGAGUUGGUGGAGACAGGUGGAGGAGGAACAUCCAACUGACCACUCCAAGGCUGGAGAACCUCACCCCUGUGCAGAUAAGUGAGCUGUCUGAAGCAGCGUACGAGAAGCUGGCAGACGAGACUCUGGAUGCUCUGGCUGAUUACUUCGAGGACCUUACAGAUGAAGCUUUCACUGGAGCUGACUACGACGUCGUCUUCUCUAGUGGAGUGUUGACUGUGAAGGUGGGCGGGAACCACGGCACCUAUGUCAUCAACAAACAGACACCAAACAAACAGAUCUGGCUUUCUUCUCCCACCAGUGGACCGAAGCGCUAUGACUGGACAGGUGAAAACUGGGUGUACAUUCACGAUGGUAUUAGCCUCCACCACCUGCUCUCCAAAGAGUUCUCCAUCAUCUACAAUAAGAAAAUGGACCUCUGUGAUCUGCCCUACUCUUGAGAGCUUCACCUGGAAUCACCUGUCUGUAGUAAAUCUAUUGUGAGUCACUGAACAACUGUUCGAUCACAUUGGAGCCAAAGACACAAAGUAUUUAGUGUAUGUACAACUCCACAGUACUUUACCAGCAUCAGCCCAUAAUGACAGUCAUCUGCGUGUGAGCUGCUCUGUUGUUAUCUGUAUCCUCUCUAGUAGUAAAAAUCUAUUUCAUGACAAUGUCACAGUUUCACGAAACCCGUGUGGGAUUCAUCCACAUUCAGUCUCCAUGUAAACUCCUCAGUGUCCCUCACCGUUUCCAUGGCAAUCGGUGUUUUCACAUCUGACCGACACUGUUGUUGAGAAGUUGACAACACCGUAGCCCCAACAACACUCCAUUCUCUCAACAGUGCUGGAAACCUGUCAGAUGUCGGCUGACAGACAGUUCGUCCCCAUGUUAGUGAUUUGUAUUUAUUUUAUUUGAGUCGCCAUGUAAAUGUAAAUAACAUAGUGUUACUGUUUGAUGCAUUUGACCUGAGUUGGCUUCAAGCUCAUUUUCAUCUGCAGCGACAGAACAGCACUCAUCAAACAUAAUACACAGCAGUAGGUCACACAAGCACACACACACACUCCACGUGCGUUAGUCAAAUUAAAAUCAGGAACGUUUGUACACAGAGCAGAUUAUUCAGCACAGAGCACACUGAUUGCUGUUCAUAUACAGCGCCCUGAAAGACAACAGUGCAAAUUGUUAACACAGCUACUCAGUCAAAUGUAGAGUUCAGAAAUAAGAACAUGACUGUCACAUGCUUCAUGUAAAUAUAAAGAUCCAUCAUCAACUCUCCUCCGAUAUCAAGUCUACAUUUGAUUAGCUCUGCCAGGUUGUAGGGUCCCUGUUAAAGUGGAGAGAUUUGGUCGAAAGAUGAAGUGAUUGUAAUGGAAACCUCAUGUUGAGAUCUGCAGCUUCUAGAAGAAAAAUAAGUUUUUCUACCAGACUCAUGAACAGACGCAGGAACAGUGUUGUGUUUCCUCUCUGAUCUCCUUAAACAAUCUGGGUCCCUCUUUGUAAGUUUAUUAAUAUUUUUAAGAAUCAUUUUCCUUCUGCCUUGUCCAUUAUAUGAGUAUUCAAUAAAAGAAUUCAAUCCAA